GCAGCGCUACAAAUCUAAACAAGAAUCUGCAAUUAUGUCAGAUGAUAGUGAUGCAUUUGCUAGUGCAGAUGAAAGUUUCCAUACUAGCACCAGUACUACUACUAAUACUACUAAUACUAGUAGUAUAAAGGAAAGUCAUCCAAUAAAAGAAGAGUCUUCGUCAACUAUCUCAAAGGCGGCGAAUACAAAUGACCGUGAUAAUAAUGACUCUGGUCAAAUAGAAGAAACUGCAUCAAAAACAACUGAGCAUACACUGUCACCAUUGACUGAAGAAUCAAAUUCAGGGGAAUUAAAAAAGAAAAAAAAGGUGAAACAGAAAAAGUUGAAAUCUGCGCCUAAAAAACGUGAGAAAGUAAAAGAAGGUUCACUAAAGAUCGACUCAAAGUCAGUGGUUAAAGAAGAUAUUCCUUCAGUUUCCGAAAUUGUUGGGAGUGAAGAUAAAAAAAUGGAUUCUGAAACUGUAUUAUCACCCUCCUCUGAAAAAAUUGAGACACCACCUGAGGUCAGUAAAUCUGAGACAAAGGAAUUGAAAGAUGUUGUGAUUGAUUUAAUUGUCCCACAGCCUGAUGAACCAUGCGAGCAGAUAUUUGACUCCAACAAUCCCAAUGAAGGAGUCAAAAGUUUACCCGAAGAAAUGACACCGAUAUCCGUAGAUACUUCAGGGGAUUCAAAACAAUUCACAUCCUCUAUGGAAAUUCAUUCUGUUAUAGACAAACUGUCAAAAGUUGAGCCUAUCCCAGAAUUAGAUUUCAUCGCGUCAACUGCUACAAAUAUUGCCCGUGGUCUAGGUGAUGGAUUGAGUUCACUUGUUGGCGUAUUGGGGGAUGUUAUACAGCUGAAUCCAUCAGAUACUAGCGUGAAUGAAGAAACUCUUAAGAGAAGAGCUGAAAGACAAACUGAAGAACAGUUGGAAAGAAAAGCAAUCUCAGAUGCAUGGAAUAAUGUUUGGGGUACAUCAUGGACUAAUGAUGAUGAUGGUGAUGACGAUGAAAACGGUAAUCAGAAUGAUGGUUGGGAAGUAGACAGUCCAGUGGAAACAGAAGAUAUAUCAAAAUCAAAGUUGGAUAACAAUAUCCCUGAGGAAAAAACUAACAUUCAAGAAGACGUAAAUCAAGGAGUUGAUUCCUCACUUAAUGAACAAAAAUGUCGUGAUAAUGUAGUGUCACAACAGAAAUCUGAGAAUAAUAAUUUCUCAUGGGGUUGGAGUGGUCUUUCAUCAUUCAGUCAGCUUACUUCUUCGUUACAAGCAACUAGUUUAAAUUUAGUCCAAGGUAGUGUUGAUGUCCUCGAAUUGAUAGGACGUAAAACAAUGUCUGUUCUAGCUGAAAAUGAUCCUGGUUUUGAGUACACAAAGAAAUUUUUACGUCCAUCAAAUUCAUCAGAUAACCGUCCAAAUCUUUCUAAGAUAUUACGAGAAGCCUAUGAAUUGCAUUCCUCUUCAGAAUAUACUAAUAACAAACAUUCUAAAGAGAGAUUAGGCGAUUUCACCUAUCAGCUUGAAUGCCAUCGAGCAUUACUACACUUGGAGUCAUUAGAAUUAGUCAGUGAACAAGCAAAUAAUCAAUUAAAUAUUCGUUUAGACUCGUAUUCAUCAUCUUAUUCGUCUUCCUCUUCAUCGAUUCAUCAAACUUAUAAUGAUUUACUCGAGAAAAUAUGGAAUUAUUUAAAUUUAGAUGAAAAUGAUGACAGUGAUACUCAUCAUAAGGAUGCGGAUGAUGAUGAUGAUGAUGAAAACGAAAGUGGCAGUCGAAAUUCUAAGGAUAACGACAAGUCAUAUACAUCUAUUGUUAAAAAAUUAAAUCAGAAACACUCCUCCAACAACAGUGUGAUGAUUGAUGAUAAAGAGAAGAAAGUAUGUCAACAACUUUCUAAGCAUUUAAACAAGACAACUAUUGAAUUAUGGUGUAAAAUUAUUAGAAUAUCUUAUUAUUUAAAUAUGAUUUAUUCAAAUGAACGAUUUAUUAAAACUACAACUGAUGUAUGGAAUACCUGUGAUAUGGACAAAUUAGGCGAGAAUUCAGUUGAAGUAAGUUCACCCCCAUACAUAUUCUUUUAUUUUUAUGAGUGUAUGGUAUACAUCUGUAAUAAGGGAAUGUAUUAUUGUAUUAUUAUUGUUGCUUCCUUGGGUUCCGAGUGGAAGAUAAGGCUUCAUUGGCACUUUGUUCUGUCCCCCUUAGCUGGCCUCACGAUUGCCUAUAAUCCCGCAUCUCUCCUUCAUGCGAUUUCCUCUAUGUCACCUUCAGAAGUCCCACUCAUUUUCUAUUCGAGUUCUUUUCAAGCGUCUGCAUUACGCACAAUAUCAUUCGAUGGUCUCCUCACGGUGUGCCCAAUUAUUUUACAUUUUCUCUUACAUAUUUUAUAAGCAAUAGGUUCUUGAUUGGUUCGCUCCGAGUUUCGUGUCGCUAAUUCUUCGUGGCCUGCCAUGUGAUCUUCACUAUAGAGUGCGGGCAGCUGUUGAUAAAAGACUUCAGUAGUCGAUUGGAAAUGCUUUACGUGACGCGCACGUCAAGUUUCUGAUCCACAUAGAAGAAUCGACUGAUUUAACAUUGGUGUUGAAAAUCCAAAUUUUUUUUGUUUAUGCUGGCUGAGUGCAGAACAUUUCCAAAUUGAUUUCAAAUUGGUGAUGGUCUGUUUUGCCUUUUCGAUUCUGCCUGGUUUCGACAUCCUCAUCCGUGGUGUCACCUGCAGUUGAAACGAUACUGUUUAAACAAGUGAAGGAAGUGACUUCUUUCCAUUUUUUUCUGUUGAUGGUAUUUGGUGCUGAUUGUUGUUGUUGUUGGUUGGUUAUCUUCACCAAUUCCGUCUUCUCUAUAUUCACCUGGAGUUCCAUAUUCGUUGCCUGUCUCUUUUGCCAAUUUGUUGUUUUUCGCCUGUAAGUCUGAGUUCGUGUGACAUUUAACAUUAAUGAUCCACGAAAUCCAGAUCUUCUGCAGGCAUCUUAUCAGUCUAACGUAUUCCUACCUUCUCGCCCCCCCCACCACCCUACAAUCUCCCACAUAAUCCAGUCCACCACAACUAAGAAUAUCAUCGAUGGUAAUAGUCGGCCUUCAGAGGGUUUGCCGUGUUUUCCUUUGUGGAUCGCUUCACACGGGGCACUGUCAUACAGAGCUGUUGAAUGAGGUUGAUAAAGAUUUGGGCACUGUCCACCAUAUUGUUGAAGUAGUUUCCAAAUUACUUCGUUGUCGAAGGCUUUCUGAAGGUCGAUGAAGUCCAGGUAAAAGGUUUGAUUACCAUUCUAUGUGCAUCGGUGGUAUAGUGGUUAGGACUCUCGCCGACCAUGCACAUGGUCUGGGGUUCUAUCCCCUGCCGACACACACCCGAUAUCUAUGGUCGGCCUGCAAAAUUUGGGCAACUGAUAUCACAUGCUGAAAAUUCCACACCUGUACCGAAAAUACGGUGUGCCAUCAAGCUGUAAUCAAAAUAAAAAAAUAAUAAUAAUUUGAUGAUGAUGCGUAGAUUUGCAAUUUGACCAGCUUAUAAUUUACUUCCCGUGAAUCCAAUUCAUUCGGGUUGGUGGAGUUCCGCAUCCAAUGCAUCCCUUAUUCUCUCCAGCAUGAUACGAUUCAGUACUUUACUUUGCAUAGACAACUACGUGAUUCCGUGCCAGCUCUUGCAAAUGCCAUAAGGGAAUAUGAUCUCACUUUAUUUUACAAGGUCAUGAAUGUAGGACAGAGUUCAAACCAAAAAGCCUAUUGGUUAAAGGUUAUAUUAAAUAAAUACAACUUGUUCUGAUGUGUAAAUGUGCCUACACGACUGUCUUUUAACCUCAUAUUGCCAUUAUACAGUUUAUUCUAGUGUAGUAAAGUGAGAGUUUUUACCUCGAUGAAAUUUCACCCUGCAAAAUCUCCAAUGUGAAGCGAACUGUGUCCUGCUUAAGUAGCAUGUUAGCCGCAGCGUGUUGUAUAUGCGGUACACGCUUAACGUGUUUUUCGGUUGCUAGUGUUUAUAUUUCAAUUGAACAGUUGUGUUGAAACAUUGUUCCCGUAAGAAGAAAGGAAUAAUUGCGGAGGCGCGUAGGUGUGCAAAAAAUGUGUCUUUGUGAGGAGUUGAAUUAAAGCUCAGUUGAUUCAUCUUGAAUUGUAGUCAUUCCCAAGAACAUCAGUCUUUUUUACAAAAUUUUACUCUAAUCCACUAGCUCACAGAAUAGUGUCAGAUGUUGAUCAUGACUGGGAGAGAAGACAGUGGAUAGGCAUUUACCUGUCAAAGGCUACAAAUAUGAAGUUAUAUGAGAGAGUAUUUCACAGGUGAGAAAAAGGGAUACACCUUUUUCCGUCUUCUAUGACGUAACAAGAUAUUUAACACUGUCGUCAAAUGUAAACACGAUAUUUUACACAUGAAAGUACUAACACUGUAAACAUAAAAGUGCAACUGAUUACCUUCCUUCAGUGAAAUGUAUUCUACACUUCCAAUGAUUCUAGCUGUAAUGUGUGUAUCCUUGUGGGAAAAGUAGUGAAAGGUUACAAUUAACCUUAACCAGUGAAACCGCUCUACGAGGAACAAGAAAUAUUAGCUUUUGACUACUUCAGACAUUUGAUAUUGUAACAAGAAAUAAAGGACAAUGUAUUUUGAUGCGUAAAAUGCUGAUUUUCUUCUCAUUAAAGUUGAAUCAGUGACUCAUUAGUGAAAUGCUUGCUAACCAAACCACGCAAGUGGUCCGGUGUUCGAUUCCCGGAUGAAAUACUUCUAAACCUAGAUUUACCUAGAUUACAAGCAUAGGAAGGGAGAUGGAGGUUGCACUGCGGGGCUAGUAAUCCCACUCUGC